AUGGUCCCGCCUGUUUCUAGUCUCAGCCUUAAGAGGCUCACUGUUACACGUAACGAGUGGGAUGUUUUUGAUGACUCUGAUUUUAAGAGCAUUAGUUUUGAUAUUCCAGGUCUUUCUUGCUUAAACUACUCGGAUUAUGUUACAAAAGAGUUUCUAAAUGUUAAUUUCAGCUCCUUUAUUGAAGCUAAGCUCUAUCUUUGUCCCGAAGAAAAUUAUAUGUGGGAAGAAUCGGAUAGAAAUCGUUUUCGUCCAAAGAAUCUGCUCAACGGGUUAAAAGAUGUUGAGAUUCUCAACUUGUAUACCAUUCAAACAGCAAAGAUGUUUUCUGUCUUCCGUGAUCAAGUCCCGGUGUUUCAAAAUCUGUCUCAUUUAACAGUUAACCUCUCUAACUUCUGUUGGUUGCCUCUGCCAACGUUGAUAAAGAAAUCUCCAAAUCUUAAGAGUCUAACCAUCAACGGUCCCUUGCACUAUAAGGGUGUUUAUUAUUGUGAAGAAGAUGCUCUAUGUGAGUGCGUGUCGGACUAUUCUUUCCUAUUGUCGUGUCCUUUGGAGGUCCUAAAGAUCACCGAGUAUUAUGGUUGUCUCGAAGAAUUGAUACAAAUGAAGUACAUUUUGGACAAAUUGUCAUGUCUUGAGCUAGUGGAAGUUUGUUCUCAGGCAACAGCAAACCGUACCAAUCGAGAAAAGAAAAAGAAACUCUCUCUGGACUCUCGAGUAAGAAGACUGUUCGUUGCGACUGAUGAGCAAGUGAAGAAGCAGAAGAAGAUCAAGAUGAGAACGAAAUCGAUUCCGGCUAGGUCUCGGAACAAGUCUCUCAUUCCCUCUCGAUCCCUUCCGGGAAGAUUUGGUUCCGGAGAGAUUAAUCCAGAUACUAGUGAUGAUGAUUAUGAAAGAGAUGAUGUGGCACACGAGAAGCGUCAUUUUCGUCUUGAGAAAGGUGAUGAGACAGGAAAAUCGGAGACGCUGGAAUUCGAUGCGUGUAUCGUGUGUGAAGUCUCAGACAAUCUUGUAAUCCGUUGUUGUGGGGUGGAUUGUAUGGUUCAUUAUCACGACAAGUGUUUGACUCCUGAGUUCGGUGGUAACGAGGAUCUUUCGAAUCCAUUUUGUCCCUACUGCUGGUUAAAAAUUGUAUCACAGAAGUGCAAAUCAUUGAGAGAGGAGGCCAUUGAGGCGGAAAAGGCAGUCUUCAAGUAUCUAGAGAAAGAGAAGGAUGAUGUUAAGGAAAGUGUUCCCAAAAGUCAAGAAGAGCAUUCAAGGAAGAGUAGAGACAUUGCAAGUGAGGAUCAAGCUGACAAGGAUUCUCAUAAACCAGAAGAGGAUGAAGGGAAGUUACAAGUGGUUACUGGUAUGAAAGAAUAUAAUCUGAUAGACGAGGAGGUUGAAGCAUCAGAAGACGAAGAGAGGGUUGCUACAGAACACUUCCAAGACGAUGAGGAGGAGGACGAAAGAGCUCAAGUUGAAGCUAGAGUCAGUACAGGUGGAGGGGAACAUGAGGUGGUCCAACCGAAUGAUGAGAAGCAAAGUAGAAAAAUAAAAAGAAGACGGGUAGAAUUGAAGGAGACUGAUAGUGAAAUCACAUCAACUGAGGAUCGAAAUGGAGAAGAUGUAACUGAGCAGGAGAGAGAAGCCAGCGCAGCAACAAGAGUAUGA